GUAAACAAAUAAGACGUGCAAACACAACAGCAGCGAGGGAACGCAUUCUUGCGUCGGCUUUUCUCUUCUAUUUAUUCUCCGGGAGGAAGCAGAAGAGGAGAAGCUUAAAUACAGAAAAAUAAAAUUAAGAGGCCAUAGAGGAUAUAAGUUUCCCGCUGAAGUCAGAACCAAAGGAGGAGAAGCAGUGGUGGGAGCACGCAUUCCUUUGUCGGCAUUUCUAUAGCAGGAGAAGUACCUGCAUUCCUGUCUUUCUUUCACUUAUUCCUGCAUGGUAAAAGUAGGGAGGGAGUGAAACAGUAUCGCCUGUAUCAAAAGGGGUAGCCUUUCAUAUUUUAAAAGUAUCUUUUUAACUCCUGAAGUCCUCUAGUGCGAAGACAAAAUGUUCAAGAAUACGUUUCAGAGUGGAUUCCUUUCCAUUCUCUACAGCAUUGGAAGUAAACCACUGCAGAUAUGGGAUAAAAAGGU